GGCUCCUCUCGGCCGGGCGCACCUAGGCGGGUCCAUCGCUAGCCGAGGAGAGGGGUGUGGGUAGGGAGGGAACAGGUGCGCUGCGGGACCCGCCCUAUCUCAACAGGUGAAUCGCUCCAAGUGGGUCUCGGUAUCGUGAAUCUCGGUGCGCUACGUUUGGCCGGUGCAGGAGAGGGGCGGACAGGACCUGUGGUCUGCAGGCGCCCUCCCAGCGGGCCAGUCACUUGGUUCAUGCCCCGAGGGCCGGAGUGCACCUGGGUCAGCCCACUUCCGGGGAGGGAGGCGGAGGAGCCCCUCCCCGCCGCCCACCCCUAAGCCCAGCCCAAGGCUCCCACCCUUGUGUACCUGGGCCGAACCAUUUCCAGGAACGCGCAGCGGGUGGAGUGGCUCGGAGAAGUGCGGUGGGUCAAGCACUUUUCUCCCCCAAAUCUGAAAGCGUGCCCUUUAUCCACGUCGUUUACGUUCAUUAAAACUUCUAGAACGCGGCAGGUUGGGCUUGGAGUAGGGACGAGGAACGGAAGCGGGAAGGGGAGGAGCGUGCACCCCUCCUGGCCUUGGUGCGCGCCGCGCCCCCUACCCUCUCGCUACUUGGGAAGGGACGCGCAGGCCAGACGCGCCCAGACUGCCGCGAUGGCGCUGGUGGCCGGCGGACUCUCCGGUGGGUUGGGCUCCCACCCGGCCACGCCAGGCUGGGACGCGGUCCUGUUUGUGUGGCUUCUGCUUAGCACCUGGUGCACAGCCCCUGCCAGGGCCAUCCAGGUGACCGUGCCCGACCCCUACCACGUGGUGAUCCUCUUCCAGCCCGUGACCCUGCCCUGUACCUACCAGAUGGCCUCGACCUCCACGCCACCCAUCGUCAUCUGGAAGUACAAGUCCUUCUGCCGGGACCGAAUCGCCGAUGCCUUCUCCCCGGCCAGCGUGGAAAACCAGCUCAAUGCCCAGCUCGCAGCUGGGAACCCAGGCUACAACCCCUACGUGGAGUGCCAGGACAGCGUGCGCACCGUCAGGGUCGUGGCCACCAAGCAGGGCAAUGCUGUGACCCUGGGGGACUACUACCAGGGCCGGAGGAUUACCAUCACCGGAAAUGCCGACCUGACCUUUGACCAGACAGCGUGGGGGGACAGCGGUGUUUAUUACUGCUCCGUGGUCUCAGCCCAGGACCUCCAGGGGAACAACGAAGCCUACGCAGAGCUCAUCGUCCUUGGGAGGACCUCGGGGGUAGCUGAGCUCUUACCUGGUUUUCAGGCGGGGCCCAUGGAAGACUGGCUCUUCGUGGUUGUGGUGUGCCUGGCUGUCUUCCUCGUCUUCCUCCUCCUGGGCAUCUGCUGGUGUCAGUGCUGCCCACACACUUGCUGCUGCUACGUCAGGUGCCCCUGCUGCCCAGACAAGUGCUGCUGCCCUGAGGCCCUGUACGCUGCUGGCAAAGCAGCCACCUCAGGUGUUCCCAGCAUCUAUGCCCCCAGCACCUAUGCCCACCUGUCUCCUGCCAAGACCCCGCCCCCACCAGCCAUGAUUCCCAUGGGUGGCUAUAACGGGUACCCUGGAGGAUACCCUGGAGAUAUUGACAGGAGUAGCUCAGCUGGUGGCCAAGGAUCCUACAUACCCCUGCUUCGGGAUACAGACAGCAGUGCAGCUUCUGAAGUCCGAAGUGGCUACAGGAUUCAGGCCAACCAGCAAGAUGACUCCAUGCGGGUUCUGUACUACAUGGAGAAGGAGCUGGCCAACUUCGACCCUUCUCGACCUGGCCCCCUGAAUGGCCGUGUGGAGCGGGCCAUGAGUGAAGUCACCUCCCUCCACGAGGACGACUGGCGAUCCCGGCCUUCCCGUGGCCCUGCCCUCACCCCGAUCCGGGAUGAGGAGUGGGGUAGCCACGCCCCCCGGAGCCCCAGGGGAUGGGAGCAGGAGCCCCCCAGGGAACAGCCAGGGGGUGUCUGGCGGGCCGGGCGGCCCCGGGCCCGCUCCGUGGAUGCCCUGGACGACCUCACCCUGCCGAACUCCGCGGAGUCAGGGAGCAGGUCUCCCCCGAGUAGUGGUGGGAGGAGAGGCCGGGCCUACAUGCCCCCGAGGAGCCGCAGCCGGGACGACCUCUACGACCAAGACGACUCGAGGGACUUUACACGCUCCCGGGACCCCCACUACGACGACUUCAGGUCUCGGGAGCGCCCCUCUGCCGACCCCAGGUCCCACUACCACCGGACCCGAGACCCUAGGGACAACGGCCCCAGGUCUGGGGAGCCGCCCUAUGAUGGGCGGCUACUGGAGGAGGCCGUGAGGAAGAAGGGGCCCGGGGAGAGGAGAAGACCCUACAAGGAGGAGGAGGAGGAGGAGCCCUACUACCCGCCCGCGCCACCCCCGUACUCCGAGACCGACUCGCAGGCGUCCCGCGAGCGCAGGCUCAAGAAGAACUUGGCCCUGAGUCGGGAAAGUUUAGUCGUCUGAUCUGACGUUUUCUACGUAGCUUUUGUACUUUUUUUUUAAUUUGAAGGAAUACUGAUGAAGCCCUGCCAUGCCUCUCCCGAGUCUAAUAAAACGUAUAAUCACAA